AACAUUCUUUACCACCAACCAGAAUUAUACCAGUCCUUCGUUUCAUAGUCCCCGACGAUAGCCGCAGUUUGCGACCAGCAGGCAUGGAGCUCAGAUUACCGCUCAUCGUUUUAACAUUGUUACAACUAUGUCCAGCAGAAAUACCAAAUUCUAUACCAAGUUGGUACGCAGCUAACCUUAUCAAUGAGGCUAACUACACUCCAAAACCAAUAACGGAAAUAUUUACAACAGACCAAACCUUCUCACCUGAGAACCCUAUAGUUGUCGUACAAUCAACACCCUCACCAAACAAUGGAGAUCAAGCAACGUCUCCUAUAAGUAAUAGAUAUGACCAGGCCAUAACAAAUACGCAAGGUUUCACUCAGAGUACUGGUUUCACGCAAAAUCUGUUUCCUAGACUGGUUUCACAGCAAGAUGGAAGUACACAGCGGCUUUUAUUCCCACUGUCAGAAAAUCUUUCCACAAAUUCACAGAUAUACUCAUCGCAAUCAGAUACGCAGAGCAGAAGAAGCACAGGGCCAGGUGUAUUUGCUCAUCCUGAUGUGGCCAACUUCUUGGAACCAUUACAGAGACUUUUGCAAGAUAAUACGAAAUUACUUCCCCCACAAACCCCAUCUCUGAGUACAUACUCUACCUCUUCACCUAUAUCAACAACUCCGCUACCGACUAUUGCACAGACACAACCUGAAAUAGGUUCUUCUUCAUAUUCUCAAAAUCUACCACCUCUGCCUUCAUCACCUACCAUAUCUUCAUUACAGUACUCUCAAAGCUUACCACCUUUACCUUCAUCACCAGAUACAUCUUCAUUACAGUACUCUCAAAACUUACCACCUUUACCUUCAUCACCAGAUACAUCUUCAUUGCAGUACUCUCAAAGCUUACCACCUUUACCUUCAUCACCAGAUACAUCUUCAUUGCAGUACUCCCAAAAUUUACCAUCACUGCCUUCAUCCACAUUAACUACAUAUUCUGAUAUAACACGAUCGACUGCUUCACCAAUCGAAUCAUCUUCCCCACCAUCAACAUUUGUAACUGAAACCUUACCACCAACGAGAUAUUCAAUUACACCAACAUGGCCACCAAGUUCGGAAUAUCCGACUUCCGAACUUACGGAUUUCCGUAAAUUGCCAAAACUGCACCAAAAAAUACCAACAAAACAUUUAGACAACAAUAUAAUAGCAAAUAAGAACAUUUUAGAUCGAAAAGGUCGUCGUUAUUAUUCACGCUUUGUGUCUCGUUACAACACUUCUAUACACCAUAUCACUACACCAAGCACUCCGACUACACCAUCGCCAGUGCCAUACACGGAGUCUAAGUAUACUGAACUAUAUACAACGCAAUCCCCUGAGUAUAGUGAAACCUAUUACACGGAACCACCCAGAAAGCGCAAAAACAAAGAAAAUAAACAAACAAACACAUACACAGAACAGGAAAUAUACAGUACACAAUCACCAACACUGUAUAAAAAAGAUUUGGAUGUACCAACUACUGAAUACCCAAGUAUUCUAAAAGAUUUAUUUAGGGAUUUAGACCAAUCAAAAUAUGUCCCCCAAUCAGAACUUUCCAAGGCUCCCGAGCAAGUUAGUACUUACCAGCCGAUAGUUCAAAAUGAGCAUGAUAUUUUAAACCAAUAUGCGCCUGUGGUACACACAGAAACAUACAGCACCUAUUUGCCUAUAGUCUAUAUAGAUUACACUACAAUGGCACCACCACCUAUAGUAACACAUCCUCCCCAACAAUCUACGAUUUCCUAUUCAUCUAAACCACAUACUAAUCUAAGUAUACCUUCAACUCAGCCUCCUCCAAAAACGUCUAAAACGACACAAUACCAUACAGGCUCCUCUAAAAGACCUAAAACAAAAUCACAUCCAUCUCAUGAAGCGAAACCUGAAUUUAUCACACUGAGCCUAAAUGGUAACCCAGUUUCGACGUCAGUCCCGAAAAUGGUUAAAAUAAGCCAUGCCAAGCCUGUCCUGACAAUUCGAGUAAAGGCACCAAGAUUAUCCAUAAGGAACAUAACAGUAAAGCCGGCUUUUACUACAAGAAAACCGACGACGACGAAAAAGAGAGACAAUGACAAGCACAACUAUGAUUUAUGUCUAGAUUCUUGCAGAGAACGAAAAGACCCGAUUUGUGCUAGCCCUGCAGGACUUGAUCCAAUCGAUACAAAUAAACUGAAGGGCUUCCCAUCACUAUGUCACAUGGCGUGUAACAAUUCUUUCAAAAAAGAUCAGACAUACGAGAAAAUAGCUGAUGGGCGAUGUGGCAAGUUGCGCACGCGAAUCCGUACGGUGGAGAGAGAGAAACUGAAAAGGGAAGACUUAAAUAAAGCACAGUAUACCGUCUACCACACGAAACAUGAAGCUGUAGUCCAGCUUUCUACGUUGCAGCGUUGAAACUAAUUAAAUAAUUUAAGGUUCUAUACGAAUGAUUAAGUUUUUAGAAUUUCGAAUUGCAUUCUCCCGCCGUUUUAUGUAUUGUUAAUUGUCACCGCUGACCUCUACUAUAUACCACUGGACUGGCGGUUGUCAAAGUGCUUUUGUGCCUGUUUGAUAUUCGCCAUUUGAGCGCUGUUGGCCACGUAGCGUGAGUCUGCGGUACUAAAACUAGUGAUGAAAACCUGAGCAACCAUCGAUUAAUGAAGGGUAACUAGUAACAAAAAAAAAUGUGGACUUUAUAACGUUGAUUCUUGAAGUAUAAGUGACACGGAAAUCGAACGAAAUUAAUUCAAGAUGAAAAAAUACUUCAAAGAAUUGUAGGUUCCUUCGCAGCCAUUUGUAAUAUACGUCAAAAUUAGUACUCUGGACGCUCGCGAGUGGCGCUUCAAAUAGGCACAAAAAAAUUGCUGUCAAACAUCUGGAACAGCCUGUCCAGUGGUAUUUAUAUAGAGGUCAGAGAUUGUCACAAAUAUAUGAAUAUAUUCGAUUUAACUGCAACUAUAUUUUUUUUAAUUUGACAUAAGCUUUUUAAAUGCAUCAGUGAAAACGCGGUGUCUGUGAAGAGCGGGAACUGAAAAUGCAUUGAUGGAAAAAAAAAAUAUUAAAUCAGUAUUGCGUAGUUUCACAAAAAAACUAGAUAUAUAAAACUAUAUACCAAAGUAAUAUAAUUUUAUUUCUAUUGAAGCGAAUAUUUCAAGUAAUAAUGCUUAUAUUCCAUUGCAUCAUCAAUAUUAUAUUAUAUUAUAUUAUGACAAAACUUACUAAGUGAUAGAUUACACGUAUAAUCUAUUUACCAUACCUACUAAGUAUUUUGUUAAUUUUUAUGCACUCCGUCCAAUCGUACCUAGAAUUUAAAUUAACAGUAAGAGAAAUAUAUUGUUAUUAAGUCAAAAUAAAAAAAUGUAAUAAUUUUAA